GCGCUCCCAGGUAAGUAUGAAGGAGAGAUAUGAGAGGCGGUGCAUAAACAGAGGGGGCGAAGAUGGCGUCGGGGAAGAAGGGCGGAGGGAACGGCAGACUGGAGAGGGUCAUGAAUGGAAGACGCUCCUCCAAAUUCAAAGAGGCUCCUGUCGGUCCUCCGCCUCUAGUCUCAGCAGCUGACCCUGACAUCACCAACCUGAGCAGCAGAGAGGAGGCUGACAUCGACAAAGCCUUGAACUCUGAUACUGUGAUGGACACCCAGGCAGUGUUUGCCGCCCUGUACAGCGUGUGUGAAGAAAAUGUGGCUUUCUUCUCGGGCGGGGCCAAGGGCACCCAGGGCGAUGCGGGCCGACGGCUGGUGGUGGCCAUGAAACUGAUCCAGGAGCACGCUCGCAGUCUGGAGCCUGUUAUUUCGGCCUUCGCUGCUGUUUAUCACCAUUUCGACUUUGACCCUCACAUACCUGCGAACGGCUAUCGCUCGCUCGUCAAGGUCGUGCGUUGCUGUCUUCUCCACAUCAUCCACAAGGGGCGCUACAUCACGGCCAACCGUCGCAGCAUCUUCUUUCGGGUGGCGCACAACGCGGGGGAGAUUGAAGCGUACUGCAAUGCGCUGUGUCAGCUGCGCGCCCUGCUCUACCUGGCCCAGCGCUUGCUACACGACAACAGCCACGGCAACCUGUUCUUCCAGGACGAAAGCGGGCUGAGCGAGAGUUUUGUCCGGGAAUAUGCGUCCAUGCACAAGGGGUGUUUCUAUGGCCGCUGCCUGGGCUUUCAGUUUACUCCGGCCAUCCGACCAUGUCUGCAGACCAUCGCUAUCGGCCUUGUGGCCUUUGGAGAAAACUAUAAGCGUCAUCAGUCAGGAAUAGUGGACGCAGGAGGUAUUGCACCGUAUGGUGUGGCUGCCAGCUCUUUCUUUACCUCCGGGAAGUACGCCAUCGACCCAGAGCUGAGAGGGGCAGAAUUUGAACGGAUCACUCAGAACCUGGAUGUGCAUUUCUGGAAGGCCUUCUGGAACAUCACAGAGACGGAGUUCCUGUCGAGUCUUGCCAGUAUGACCUCUACUCAAGUCAAGGUGAACAGAGCGCUUUCUGUGCCCGCUGCGCCCUUCGAUCUCCCUCUAGCAGCCAACCACAGAGCGUCGGUGACGAUAGCUCCACCUUCUGCGCACAUCGGCUCUGCUCCUGUUCAGAUGAGACUCAUUUCUUAUGAGUUGCGUGAAGGACAGGACAGUGAAACUCUGCUAUCUCUCUCUCGGACUGAGGGAGGUGCUAUUUCUCUAUCCCUGGGGUUGAAGACCAAGCGCCUCCCUUCUUCUCCUUGCCUUCUGAUCCACUUCCAUGGAGGAGGCUUUGUGGCCCAGACCUCAAAGUCCCAUGAGCCUUAUUUGAAGAGCUGGUCCCAGGACCUUGGUGUUCCCAUCCUGUCAGUGGAUUACUCUCUGGCCCCUGAAGCUCCUUUCCCACGGGCGCUUGAAGAAUGUUUCUAUGCCUACUGUUGGGCUCUCAGAAACCACCAUCUACUUGGAUGGACUGGAGAGAAAGUGUGCUUGGCCGGUGACAGUGCGGGGGGCAACCUCUGUGUGACCACAUCGAUGCGCGCCGCUGCGUUCGGCGUGCGAAUGCCAGACGGCAUCGUGGCGGCCUACCCGGCUACGCUGCUGACGGCCUACGCGUCGCCCUCCCGUCUGCUCACACUUAUGGAUCCUCUGCUGCCACUCAGUGUGCUCUCCAGGUGUCUCAAUGCCUACGCAGGUAAUGAGCCGCAGAACGAGAAGCAGGUAGAGAAAGUGAGCACGUUGAGCCUGGUGAGGAGAGAUACGGCGCUGCUGCUGAGAGAUUUCCGACAGGGAGCCUCCAACUGGAUCCAAUCUCUGCUGGAUCCCAGCAGAGCGUCAGCCCCCUCCAGCACAGCUGCGGAGACAAUGCCAGCAGCCCCCGAUACACCCACAACUGACACAGUGAGGAAAAGCGUCUCGGCUGCCUCCAUCUCCUCUCCGCACGCCAGCCCGCCCGUGCCCAACGAGCCUCCGGAGCAACCCGGCAGAAAAUUAUCUGUGAAGAGCAAGACGUGCCAGGACUUGGGAUCCCAAAGCCACGGCAUUCCCCAAAGUCCGCCGCUGAUGUCUGAGCACGCUGUAGAAGAUGUGAGUUUCUUCCUCUCCAGGGACAGUGACCCCUCCAUGUCCGACGACCUGUCCUCUGUGGCCAUUCCACCGCCUGCCGUGGAGGAAGGGUCGGAGCUGGAGCACCCCAGAGAGUUCCCGCUGGGCUUUGAGCCGCUGCGCUCGGAGCAGCUAGCUGAAAUGAGGAUGGAGAGCUCUCCAGUGGUCAAGGAUCCUUUCUGCUCGCCUCUGCUGGCUCCUGACAGCAUGCUGAAGGGGCUGCCUCCUAUAAACAUUGUGGCUUGUGCGCUGGACCCCAUGCUGGACGACUCUGUGAUGUUCGCCAAGCGUCUGAGGAGCGUCGAUCAGCCCGUCACCCUGUGCGUCGUGGACGACCUCCCCCACGGCUUCCUCAGCAUAUCGCACCUCUCCAGGGAGACGCGGGAGGCCGCCAACAUCUGCGUGGAGCGCAUUCGCUCCGUCUUCAACCAGAAGGACACGCCCCCCGAGCCACGCAAGCACCGCAAGCUGGAGCGCACCGAUAGGAGGGACCCGGCACCCACCGUGGAAACCGGCGCUCUCCUCGCCGGCCCCAUUGAGGAGGCGGAGGCAGCCGUCGGGAGAGGGGCUAAGAUUUCUGACGGGGAGGGCCCGGUUGCUGUGGCAGCCCAGAAUAACACUGACGCUGGUGGCAUCGGCGCUUAAAUGAGGUUGGGAGGUGGGGGAGACUGCGGUUCACCAAGGGAUUGAGGAGAGCGAGAGAGAGAGAGAGUAAAUGAAAGUCAGACUGAUGUAGGCAGCGCAGAGCGCCUAAAUGAGAAACAAAGACAAUCUUGAUAAACAGAGCAGUGGGAGGGGGCAGUCUGAAGAAAUUGCUCGGCGUUUGAAAGAUAAAUACGGGGAGGUGGAGCGCUGAAAUGCAUCUCCUUCUGCUUUUCAAUUCUUACCACUUGUCUGUGCGCCAUUAUGCACCAGCACAAAUCCGGCAGACAAAACGAGCACACCCACAAAAAAAAGGCAGUCAUGUUUCAGAAUGAGAUGAUAAUUUAAAAGCUUCUCAGAUCAAAGACCAGCACACACACACACACACACACACACACAGAUAGCACACGUACUUAACGGAGUCACUGUUAAGGCAGCCGAAGCUCCGACAUAAAGCAGCGCAGAGCGCGCCUAAGACGACGCCUGAAUGGGUGAUUCAUCUGGGCCGAGGCAGGCCCUAAUCAGAUAGCGGUGGGCACACUGUAUGCUUCUGUGUGGAGGCAUCAACGGGGCCACUUGUCCUUUAGGAAUCCACUCUAAAUCACACUUAAUAACUCCUCAUUGUCUUCUCCAUUAUGCCCGUUCGGCAGUCAAUACAGCUCACUUUGUGGGUAGUAACUAUGUUGACUCUCUCCAAAUAGAAUUACAACGCUAAACACAACAAGCCGAAAGACUCCGAACUAAAGGAAUUGAUUUAUUUGUUUCUUGACACUGCUUUUUUUUGUUGUAUCAUAUUUUAAACUCCAUGCAGGGCCGUUUUUGUUAUUUUAGUGGGUUUGGGCUACAUUAAUAAUCCCUGCGUUCUGACUCGCUUAAAGUCUAGUAUUAUAAUAUCAUCUUUUGCUGUUUUUAUGAGAAAUAUUUUAAAGUCAAGUGGCUGGUAAAAGCAUUAUUAUUUUCAUAUGAAUUUUCAUAUUUCAGUCAUUUAAUAAGCAUCAACCUCAAUGUGUUCCACUGGGAUUUUAAGUCAUAAGGUGGUUUAUAAUUACGAAGUGGAAGGAAAUGAUGCAUUGUUUCUGAUAAUCUAUCCAAAUAAAAUGGAAAGAUUGUGGCCUUUUGCUGCAUGUGGCUUCAAGCCGUUUGAGGUAUUUCUAGAUAGAUAGGAGUAAGGAGAGCAUAUCUGAACAACAGUUUUUCAACUGGAUUCAACGCUGUUCUAAUCUAAUACAUGAACAUACUUGGACCUGGACCAUUAGAUUGUAGCUUGUAUGUUUAGGGUUGUCGUCCUGCUGGAACGGUUAGGGUUAGAGGCAGUUUUUGCUGCUUUUCUCACAGGAUUGCAUCAACUUGAACCAACCUCUCAUUCUCAAAAGCAGCCCCACAGCAUAAUGGCUGAUUGCCCUCUGGGAAUGCUGGGUUAGUUUUCAGCCAGUGUCUUUUUUUUAUUUUUUAUUUUUUUCAUUUUAUGCAGGCCAGAAAAUGUCCUUUUAAUGACAACCGAGCAGAGAAUCUUUUUCCACCUGCCAGAUUUUUGGAGCACCCAGCUAGCAGUUCUCCUGUUGACACAUUCUUCCACCUGAGCAGUGGAUCUCUGCAGCUCCCCCAGAGUCUCCUGCGUGCGUCUUGGCUGCUUCCCUGAUCAAUGUGGUCCUUGCCUGGGAAUUCAGUUUAUGAGAGACGUCCUUGUCUUUGAAGGUCAUGGUAUUUCCUUGGAUGAUGGAUUGAACAUCCGUGACGUUAUUAGAGUUUUACUUGAAAACCAUGUAUCAUUUUCUCUCCACUUCAUAAUAUGCUUGACAAAAUCUGGAAAAACGAUAACUCCAGAGGUAUUAAUACCAAAGCAAGGCACUCUAUAGCUGUGUCUCUUCUGGCUAAAAUGCUGACUUCUUUGACCUUUACUCUCAUUCUCAGAACAAACAGCCCAGUGAUCAGUUAGAGAAGAUGAUAAACAUUAGAACACAGACGCAGUUCUCCAUCUCACUGCUUGCCUUUGGCGUCUGUGGCGUUGCUAAUGCAAAGACUGAAACUAAGAUGCAGUCAAGUGAAAACAAACAAGUUCAAGGAAAUUGUUCCCCCAUUUCUGCGAGACAUGGUCUUUGAAUGUCUUUGUUGGAUGAAGUGUUUUAGUCAUUUUAAUAUUUCAGGGUUGGAAACGGUUGCUUGGUGGUGUUGUUGUUGCUCUGCAGAGGAAAUUAAAACAGAGCGGAAGCGUAAAAAGUCCAACUCAGCCUUCCGUACACGUUUCAGACUUGAUGACACCGCUUUGCUCGCGGGUUGUCACAUUUUCUCUGCUGGUUCCGGUGUCCAAAAUGCUCUCGGGCUUCGGUGUUUAGGACCAGACUGCUUGUUUGUCGCUUUCCGCAACAAGUCGGAGGCUUUUAGGCAAAUGUUCGAGAGCCCCCCGCUGUGAAAAACAUUUGAGGAGCUGAAGGAAGGGAUAACGCUAACAUGCAUUUUUGCACACUGGUUCGUAUGUUUUCACUCCUGAAAAGCAACAAUUGUGGCUGUCACUGUUUUUUUUUUUUUUUUUUUUUUUUUUUUUUAAAUAUUACUUUGGCACAUAUCUGCGUUCGCAGCCAUCAGUCGUUUAAAAUGCACAGAAACCUCUCUCAGGUUAGGCCGUGUGGUUGCCAACACUGGCUGGCCGGGUCUGUCCCUUGCCUGGUUGCAGACCUGAGGUUGCCAGGUCUGCAGAGGAGGCUCCUGUUUGAUGAAUGGGAUUUAGCUGAUGCUCUGACUGUUAAAUCCCCCCCCCCUCCCCCCCACCCACACACACACACACACACCCGCACUCCCUGGUACAAGUGCAGGAUUUUCAGCCGCAGUCAUGCUACAGGAUUAGACCGUCCUCUGUUCUGUCAGCUUGGAGUACUUACUGCAAUAUUUUAAGUCAGAUUGACAGAAAGAAUAAUACACUUUGAACUUGCUUUGAUAGUUGCUGUUCAGUGCAGUUCGCACUUUUACUGCAGAGUUGCUGUAUUCUAAGUUUGAGCUUGCACACGCCGUUCGGGCUUUUAGCUCGCCGCUUACCGAGGAGGCGGUAGUCUGUGGUGUGUGCGAGAGCGACUACCCUCUCUGCUUGUGUCAUGCGUUUAACUUAAAUGGCACUUUAAUGUAAACGGACAAUUCAUAGCCGGUGUAGACGGCAAUUUCGCGUGCAGUCAAUCCUACUUGGGACGCUUUUUUUUUCUUUUUUUCUUGCCGUGUAUAACUUGAAGUGCACAGACUCCUUCGUCAGUACUAAAUGAUACAGGGAGGACUGUAUUGGUUAUUUGCAAUCAAACGUAAAAGACACGUGUCAAACUCUUUCACCUUCAGUGUAUUGACCCUCAUAUGCCUCAUAAUGCUGAUCUAUUGUGCUUGGUGAGAGCAGGCGACGGUCCAGAAUACCUCUAGGGUGAAUUUUAUGUAUGCCUAGUGUUACAUUUAGGAUAAAAUUCCUGACAAAGCGUCGUAGUCAUAAUUGGCGCGCCUGUAGCUUUAAACUUAAGUCAUUUCAGUGUAAUGCUUAAUAUUGCUGAUUCAGUUUGUUUAUGUCAUUCAUCUCUUCCCUGAGUUAAAAACCUUGUUGCAAUUCAAUUUAAACUUUCCGUGCGUAUUCAAAAAGGUCGUUUGGCUUAAAAUCAGUUUGACCAAUCAUGAUUUUAUUUAAGUGCAAUAUCUUUACUGUAGCGAGUCUUCGGAAAGGCUGCGUAGCUGGUUACACUCUAGGAUUAGUUUUUUUUUUUAUUUCCCACAGUCUCUGCCCGCUAAGUUAGGAGUGUGGUGAUGCUGAUUAUUAUAGUGCAAUACGCUUCUAUCCCCUCCAGGUUGAGCUUCACAAGUAAUAUAUCAACCCAUAUCUACGGUAACAUUUAGGGCCGGCUUGAAAGCUGCUUGUGUAACUGCAACAGUUCAUUAUAUUUACCUCAAGCACUUCACAGGAGUGUUUCAUUAUGGCUGGAAAGAGUGGGUAGGUGUUUAGAGCAGAACCAAAGAGGCCAGCCAGUCUCGGACCUGAUGUUCUGUCCUUCCUGUUUAACGUGUAGCUGUUACCAUUGAGUCACAGGUGCUGGUGUGGAGAACGGCCUGUCUGCACUCCAGAUGCACACCGUGCUGCUUGAUUUCUGAUGCCGACGGCGUUUGUUCUUUCUAAAAAGGCGGGAACAAAAUAACUUGAUAGACAAGCCAUAAACUGGAAAGAGGAUCGUAUUUUCUUUUUCUUUUCUUUUUUUUUUUUUACAUUAUUUUGUUGAAAACACCACAAGUGCAAACCUGUGAAUAACACACACACAAAAAAAAUGUACACUAAAGAUGAUUCAUGUAGAUAUUUUUACUUUGAUAUAUGUUAAUCAGAUUGAUCAUUAUUUUUUUUUGACUGCAUUUCCGUUGCUGGUUCCAUAACAGAUUGAUGGAUGCGACGAACCAUAUGUAAAGGCAAGUUUCUUCCUUUGCCAGUUUUUAUUGAAAUAAAAAUAUAUUCUCCCAGGAA